GAGGGAAAAAUCAAAAGAAAACCCACACGAUGAGUUUCCACAAGGAGGAUGGAGUGAGCAGCCUGUGCCAGAAAGCGCUGCACAUCGUCACCGAGCUGUGCUUCGCGGGACAGGUGGAGUGGGAGAAGUGCUCGAGUAUCUUCCCCCCGGACAGGGGCAGCCAGGGCGGAGGCAACACAGAUAUUUCGGUCAGCCUGUUAGCAGUCAUUGUCAGCUUCUGUGGCCUGGCCUUGUUGGUUGUCUCACUCUUCGUCUUCUGGAAGUUGUGCUGGCCUUGUUGGAAAAGCAAACCUGUAACUUCCAAUGUCAGUGCCCUUCCACAGAGCAUUUCGAGUGCUCCUACUGAAGUUUUUGAGACUGAAGAGAAAAAAGAGGUUAAAGAAAAUGGAAAGCCGGCACUAACAGUUAUUGAACCCUCAAUAAAAAUCAGCCACACUUCCCCUGAUAUCCCAGCAGAAGUCCAGACUGCUUUAAAAGAACAUCUGAUUAAACAUGCACGUGUGCAAAGACAAACCACUGAGCCUACAUCUUCAUCCCGCCACAAUUCCUUCCGGAGACACCUACCGAGGCAAAUGCAGGUUUCCAGUAUUGAUUUUAGCAUGGGCACAGAACCUGUUUUACAAAGAGGAGAAACUACAACCAGCAUUGGAAGGAUAAAACCAGAGCUCUACAAACAGAAAUCAGUUGACUCUGAGGGCAACAGUGAAGAUGUCAAAACCUGUGGGAAGCUUAACUUCACCCUCCAGUAUAACUAUGAAAAUGAACUUCUAGUUGUUAAAAUUAUCAAAGCCUUAGAUCUCCCUGCUAAAGACUUCACAGGAACUUCUGACCCAUAUGUGAAGAUGUAUCUUCUUCCAGAUAGGAAAAAGAAAUUUCAGACCCGCGUGCACAGAAAGACUUUAAAUCCUCUAUUUGAUGAAACCUUUCAGUUUCCUGUAGCAUACGAUCAACUAAGCAACCGAAAAUUACAUUUCAGUGUAUAUGAUUUUGACAGAUUUUCUAGACAUGACAUGAUUGGGGAAGUGAUUCUUGAUAAUCUGUUUGAAGUCUCUGAUCUCUCCAGGGAAGCCACGGUGUGGAAAGAUAUUCAUUGUGCUACCACAGAAAGUAUAGACCUGGGGGAAAUCAUGUUUUCCCUUUGUUAUUUGCCUACCGCUGGGCGUAUGACAUUGACAGUCAUCAAGUGUAGAAAUCUGAAGGCUAUGGAUAUUACUGGCUCAUCAGAUCCAUAUGUCAAAGUGUCUCUGAUGUGUGAAGGUCGAAGAUUAAAAAAGAGAAAAACAACUACAAAGAAGAACACUCUAAACCCUGUGUACAACGAGGCCAUUAUUUUUGAUAUCCCUCCAGAGAACGUGGAACAGGUCAGCCUCUCCAUUGCGGUCAUGGAUUACGAUAGGGUAGGACACAAUGAGGUCAUAGGCGUGUGCAGAACGGGACUGGAUGCUGAGGGUCUUGGGCGGGACCACUGGAAUGAAAUGCUGGCUUAUCACCGGAAACCAAUAACCCACUGGCACCCCUUGGUGGAGCUACCUGGUCGGGCAACCAGUUUUGAUAGUCAAGGAUCCUGUUCAUCUCCCAAACCGCCUUCCACGCCAUAAUGCCUCCAAAAUGAGACUAGUAUAGUAAGAACAUAGAACCAUGUGCUCAUCAAAUCAACGAGAAAAAGUG